UAUUUACAACUACAAAACUCUUAGGCCCAUGUUUUCCUUUGUCUAUCUAAUCAACCGGCCCAAUCCCCCACGUAAAUCCCUCCCAACAAUAAACCCUAAUCCAUCGCUAUUUCCCUUUUCCAUCUGGUUCGCCGCUGCACUGUGUUUGAAGCGCAGGUCUUCAUUUGGAGGUGGAAGAAGAAUUUCAUUGCACAGGAAGGAUGAGUAAAGGAGGAGCUGUGGGUGGUGCUGCCCUCAAGGGAGGGAAGAAGAAGGCGUCGACGUUCGUGAUCGACUGCGCGAAGCCGGUGGAGGAUAAGAUCAUGGACAUUGCCUCACUAGAAAAGUUCCUCCAGGAGCGCAUCAAGGUCGGGGGAAAGCCCGGCGCCCUGGGAGACUCCGUUACUGUUACACGUGACAAGACCAAGAUUUCUGUCACCGCCAAUGACACGGCCUUCUCCAAACGGUAUUUGAAGUACUUGACAAAGAAGUAUCUAAAGAAGAAUAAUGUUCGUGAUUGGCUCCGGGUAAUAGCUUCUAACAAAGACAGAAGUGUCUAUGAAUUGAGAUACUUCAACAUUGCUGAAAAUGAGGCCGAGGAGGAGGAUUGAUCAAACAUAUAGUUUUAUUAGCCUUGUAUUUUUGCCAACUUGGUUUUGUUUUGAGCUUGUUAGUGUCCUAUUCAUGAAUAGGAAGGAAUAUCAAACUUUCAACUUACAAUUGUGAUGAUAUAUUAUGGCAAACUAAUACCUCAAUAGAAGUCUUUGCACUAUUUCUUGGUUUAAUAGU